AGCAACCAUAAGCAUAAUUUACAAUUUGGGACGAAAAGUGGUGUCAUUAUGUGUGCGGAUUUUAAUAACAGAAUACUUAAAAUCGUAGUGCAAAGAUACCCUAUGUUCAAGAUUUCUUUGAAGCAAGGCCAUUCGUCCCCGGGAAAUCCACAGAAUAUAAAAUUUAAAAAAGAAAACAGUUAAAACAUAUGGAAAUUUUCAAGUACCAACGGGGACCCAUACUGAGUGAAUUUUAUGCAAAUAACUGGGUGUGGGAUUAUCAAAAUAAAUCCUCCGAUGUCCAUUUAUCAAAUGAUAAGAAGUCGGCAUAUUUCUACACGGACCCGGUGGAUCUUAGCACAGGAACUGCAGGGGUGAGAGGAAAUAAAGCUUUAAAUGACGGUGAACAUUAUUGGGAAAUCGUAUUUUUAGAACCCCCUUGUGGAACAUCAGUUAUGAUGGGGGUUGGAACAGAAAAUUCUAAAUUACAAACAAAUAACUACAAAUAUGUCAAUCUUAUAGGAAUCGAUCAAGAGAGUUGGGGUUUAUCGUAUAAAGGUCGUAUUUAUCAUAAUGGUGAAUCGUGGAAAUAUUGUGAUCCAAUCUAUGAUGAAGGAACGAUUAUUGGUUGUCAUCUGAAUACCUAUUUAGGGACACUGACAUUCUAUAGAAAUGGUGUAAAUAUGGGCGUGGCUUUCUAUGAUCGACGAUUACAACAAGGACAGUUAUAUCCCAUUGUCAGCUCGACAGCAACAGAAACUGAAUUAGGUAUUGGACGAUCAUAUUGUCGACGUAUUUCUUUACGUGAGAAGUGUUGUAGUAUUAUUAGAAAUAAUUUAUCUUGCAACGACAUGGUUGACACCCUUCCAUUACCUAAUAUAGUCAAAAGUCAAAUAAAAAUGGCGUAAUAUUAAUCUACGUAAACGUAGCUGCCGAUAAUUCAUAACUUUAGAUGAUGAUUUUAGGAGAAUACUUAUCAACGAAAAAGAAAUCAAAAAAGUGAUCUACUAUAUUAAGAUUUCUAGUCAUUAACCUAUACUAGUUAGUAUAAAGGAAAGGGUAGACUGAAUAAUCCAGCCUCUUGACAGCUCCAGUUCAGUGAACGGGGGCUAUCAGAGGCUGGAUUAUUCAAUCCAAGAAAAGGGCAAUUAAUAGUGUUUUGAUAUUUGUAAAUGUAUGUAAAUGAAUGAAAUGAAAUGGGGUUUAACGUCCUACUGUUCUGCUCCUAUACUGAGCUUAUGAAGACGUGUUUAUGUAAAUACCUCAACACAAACUGUUUAUAAUGGCACAUAUGAAGAUAUUGGGUUAUUAGUUCCCAGCAGAAAUGUUAUCUGUAUAUAGUUUAUUGAUGUAUAUAACAUUGUAUAAAACUGUAAUCUAUUUCCCAUAACCUAUUGUUACCGUGUGUGUAUUAAUAAUUUAAGUAAAUAGUAUUAUGUAUAAAUAGAUCAUAUCAAUCAUCUUAUCAUUGUAAUCAGUAUUUUCUAUAAUAAAAUCUUCAAAAUAUUGAUACACAGGUGGCUUAGUUCUGUUUUUAGUACAUUGAACCUUUAAGAAGACCUUUAAGGCAAUCAGACAUUUAUUUUUAGAU